AUGCUGGUAUUGACGGUAAUACACCGUUCUGGCUGUGAAUACGAAUGGUUGCGUGAGGGCGCCAGUGGAAAAAAGCCAGCAUUGGACAUCGAUAGACAGUUGGCAUCAGCAACAAAUCGGCUGAUGAAGGAGAAACUACCGUUCAAAAAAGAACAAAAUCCAUACGAUGUUACACAGAUUUACAAAGAUUCAGGGUUCAUCAUACUAGAUAGGGAGAAAGAAGAGGCAGCAAUUCAAUUAAUAGCGAAUUUGGUAGCGUCGAAUCAGCUCCCAGCCAGUGCUUUGAUCCGAGUUCAAGGAGACGCCAAAAAAGCUAAAAAGACAUUCUGGAAAGGGAAACAAAAAAAGAAGAACAAACUGAAGAAAAAAGUAUAG